CUACCCCUCUGUUCCGUCUCUGUGUCCCCGCUGGAGAGCCACACCGUGACACACACACUCUGAAUAAAAAGUUGCUGUUGUUGUUUUGGGGGCGGCUUCCUCUCUUGGGCCGACAUGAAGCUGCUGGACGAGCGGAUCUGGACGCUGUUCAAGCGCAACUGGCAACACACGCUGACCUACUGGAGUGUGUUCUUCAGCUUCGGGCUGUGCAUCGCCUUCCUGGGCCCGACCAUCCUGGACCUGCGGUGUCAGACCCAGUCCACCCUGCAGCAGAUCACCUGGGUCUUCUUCUGCCAGCAGUUCUUCCUGCUGCUGGGCAGCAGCCUGGGAGGACUCUGCAAGAAAACGCUCGUGUUCUCCCUGUCAGCCCUCUGCUGCUGCACUCUCAUCAUCUCACUGGUGUUUGCCAUCAUCCCACUGUGUCAUCAUGUGAUACUGUUGUCUGUCGCCAUGGCGAUCGCUGGGCUGGCGAUGGGGGUGAUUGACACCAUUGCCAACCUGCAGCUGGUGAAGCUGUAUCAGAAAGACUCUGCGGUCUUCCUGCAGGCUUUGCAUUUCUUCAUCGGCCUGGGAGCGCUGGUCAGCCCCUUGGUGGCCGACCCUUUCCUGGCGGAGGACUGCUGCGUCCUGAGCGCCAACUGGACCAGCAACUCCUCCUCGUCCUCAGACCUGGGGCACCUCCGCAGCACGCUGGCCGGGAAGGGCAUGUUGCCCCACAACAUCUCCCAGUAUCCUCUGCACACCGAGGGCGUCAUCGUCACCAGGGUCUCAUAUGCCUUCUGGAUCAUGGCUUUUAUCAACCUCCCUGUCCCUGCAGCAGUGUUUGUAUUGAUGUACUAUGAAAGGCUGCUACCUUGCUUUAGAUCCAGUCCUCGUCUGCUGGACCGAGACUCUCUGUCGUCCAGGAACACCACAGGGUCAGGGGGGGUCAACGAAGGUCAUGUGAGCGAGUACUGGUGUUUUAAUCCUGACAAACUUCGGGGUCGCCCUCCCACGUUCUUCAUCAUCCAUAUUCUGGGCGGAGCCAUCCUCUUCAUAACUGAUGGAAUCAUUGGCUCGUACGCUGGCUUUGUCUACACUUACGCCGUUUCCCCUCCUGUGUCGAUGGGGCACAAGGCGGCGGGCUGCCUGGACAGUGUGUUCUGGGCGUCCAUCACUGCAGGCCGGCUGGCUUUCAUCUACCUGUCUUACCGAUACAAAGCAGCCCGACUGCUCACUGUCAGUCUGGUGGGGGUUAUAGUGGUGCAGUGCAUGUUGCUGCUGCUCUACUACAGCAGUGUAUUUCUUUUCUUUGGUACUUGUGUGCUGGGACUGUGCAUCAGCAGUGUGUUCCCCUGCAUGCUGGCCUACACAGAGGACCUACUGGACUAUAAAGGUUGUGCCACAACUGUCCUGGUGACGAGUGCCAGCACAGGAGAGAUGUUGCUGCAGGUGCUGGUGGGAUCGGUGAUCAACAGUCAGGGCAGCUACGCCUUCCUGCUCUGUGGCAUGAUAUCAUCUCUCAUCGGCCUCUGCCUGUUCCUGCUCCUUCUCUACAUCCAGCGCAUCCACAGAAACAGCCAGACGGAAACACACACAGCAGAUUCGUCCAAAGACCACGCCAUGACAGAGAAGCCAAAGUCAGGAGACCCGUGAUCCGAGGACACCUGAGAGGCUGAGAGGCGACUGUUUCUGCUGAGGACUGUGGAAAGGGAAGAUGGAGGGGGGCAAAAAACCUCAGGGACUCAAUUAUUGCUGUAUUUAAAAACUUAUCUUCACCCCGUUUUUGGGGGUUAAGAUUUACCAGAAGUGGAUUACGAUGGUAAACCCUCAUCCCGGCCUGCUCCGUCUAAAUGAAAACGAACAAGCUGAUCCUCUAGAGGACUUUUAUCUGUGAGCAGCAGCACGUAUGACUCACAGUAAUGAUUGGUGGGUCACAAAACUUCCAAAAAACGUCAAGCAUAGCCUUGCCGCACCGGAGACCUCGGGUUUUAAUCCCGUGUGAGUUAAUUUACCACCAAGAUGGUCUCUGAUCAUCAUAUGUUACCUGCUCUUCUAGCUCUAGAGAGCUUUCCUUUGCCUACCAGCCUUCCGAUCAAAAGCAAUUUCAGUGUCAAAUGCCAGAUUCCUACUUGGAAUGAUGAAUUUGUGUGGCCUUUUGAGGAUGAAUGUGAAUGAACUUUUAUGGUCUGUGACUGUUGUAUUCAUAAAAUGACUAUGACUGCUCUGUGUCAAAACCUCUGCAGCAUAUUUGGUGAUAUUAAAGUAAGAUUCCUGUC